AUGCUGGCGCUCCCCGGGAGGAAGGUGUUUAAUGCGUGGAAACGGCUCCAAGUCAGCUACUGCGGCGGCAAGUACUCGAUCCAGCGAGCUCUCGCUCUGGAAGCCCACAGUAAAAACACCUCACCCUUGCACGUCCUCCUCAUUUGCUUUGGGACGCUACUACCCAUGGUCGCUCUCGUGCUCGUUCAAGAACUGAUUCCGCUCCAAGACCCGAGUGGUGGCUGGCGUGUCAACUACGGCUUCUGGAUACGCGCUACGCUCCUGCUCGCCACUGGGGUACGCACUGUGACUGUCCAAGCCACCUACUUCAUCGACGGCGUGCAAAUCUCCACAAGACGCCAGCUCUUGUUGGCAGUGUGCGUCUCGAUAGUCAUGACAGCUUUGUCCGUGACCAUCGCCUCGAACGUGAUCUUCCCCAUCCCAUUCUUCAUCAUAUCAACUGCACCCAUAGGGUGCGUAGUGCACCUCGUACUGUUCCGCGUGAUCGUAGGCAGCCGAGUCAUGCGCAACAUGGUAACGCACCGCAGUCAGCUGGCCAACUACUCGAACUUCGUCAACUCUCAGGCCUUGAUGGCGCUGGUAUUCCCUGCCUACGAGGCGUUGUUUCGCGCUACAGAAGGCUCAAGGUACCAGCUUCUGGUGAUACCGCUCUUACCGGUAAUAAAGGUUGGUAUAAAAAAUAUCGUGCUGCGGUGCACCUCGCAACUCGAAGACAUGAUGCCGGAGGCUGUCAUCUUCACGGUCGACCUCUUCUACGGGAUCUACAUGGCAACCUGCAUGCAGAGCUCCGAGUCGAUUGCGACAGUUGUCGUCAUAACUCUCACCGACCAGGUGCAAUCGCUAACCAUGCUCUACGGUUUGCAUCGAAGGACUACAACCAUUCUUCAGCGAUUGUGCGAUACCAUCGGAGCUGAGCCGGAGAACACCAAUCUGCUGAGUGGGCUCUGCUCGCUGUGCCAAGACCCAGAGAAGUUUGAAAAGCAAACGCAGCGAGGGGUUCGGAAGCGCUCGUGUCUCCCUCAAGUUUUGUCUAUUGAAGACAUGGGGCUGCUUGAGAUGCUCGACAAGAUUCCUAGCAAGUCCGCGAGUAUCAAUGAAUCGCUAGAGGCAAUUUUCACAACGGAGUGUCUCGUCAUCGCUGCGUACUUGGAGUUUGUGAUCCCCUUGCUUUAUUGCUGCUACAUCUUGGCCAUGGUGCGACUGCCAAGCGCCCGCUAUCACUCCGAGAUGGCUGGCAUUACCCUAGAAAAUGUGCUCGGAACCGUGUUCCCAUUAUUUAUCUACGGGCUGAUCCAAGCGCUGUCCUUCGUCGUCCUGGUAGUUAUGAUCAAGCGCAACUGUGGGAUUCAAGCCUUGCACCAGCUUGCAUUCGUGUUGGAGACGCAGAUGCCUCUGAUUCAAGACAAACUCAUGUUCUGGCCGACCAUGACCUUCUGCUUUCGUGUGGCACAUUUCGGUGUGGACUUCACGUUCAAGUUCGUUCAGCGUUGA